UCAAACCAAGUUAUAUUUAAAGCCACCAUAAAAUUAUGCUGUUGAUUUGGUAACAAACCUGGAGUGAAGUCAUUUUGAAGCUAUGUGGAAUUAGAUGAGGGCCCACAAACAAAAUCCAGCAAGAUGAAGAAAAAUGGUAUUCUCUGAAAGCCCAGUUUUGUAUCCGUUUGUCGGGAGCUGACAAUAUUAUUUUGGGGUGUUGGGCAUCAACAGAGUGAUUGGCUCUAAAUGACGGCACAGAUAGGGGAAUACAUACAUCACCGACCCACAGCCGAGGAAUCAGAGGAGGAAGUGCCCUUGAAUGAAGCAUGGGCCACAACCCUGGUUAGCAGCCAGGGAGGACACACGCUCUGCAGGCAUCUUACGUUGGAAAUAGCACAAUUCGGCUCCCAUGUUCUCUUUGAGUAUGAGAGAGAAUCCUAGUUUCAGCAUGUCCCCAAUAGAGACCAAAGAACCAGGAGGAGACAUCACAGCUUUCCCAGAUUGGGAGGAAAAAUAUGGAAUGUGUUUUACCGCUGACUGAACACAACCAAAUGAACUGUACUGACAGUAGUUUGAAAACCAGCAGUUAGCAGUUUGUUCAGGCUCUAACAUUGUCCAGCACUUUCCAGAGCAAACUCACUGUUUACAAGAACUCUCGGCCUUACGACGUUUAUAACCUCAAGCUUCGUUUAUUUAAAAUAUUUCUGCAAAAGAGAAGUACCCAGCGCCCACUUUCCAAAAUGGCCAUGGAUGAGUAUUUGUGGAUGGUCAUUUUAGGUUUUAUCAUAGCUUUUAUAUUGGCAUUUUCUGUUGGUGCAAAUGAUGUUGCCAAUUCAUUCGGUACUGCUGUGGGCUCCGGCGUAGUGACCUUGAAGCAGGCGUGCAUUUUGGCUUCAAUAUUUGAAACCACGGGCUCGGUGUUAUUGGGAGCCAAAGUAGGAGAGACCAUUCGAAAAGGUAUCAUUGAUGUGAACCUCUACAACGAGACGGUAGAAACACUAAUGGCUGGGGAAGUUAGUGCAAUGGUUGGUUCAGCUGUUUGGCAACUGAUUGCAUCCUUCCUGAGACUUCCCAUCUCAGGAACUCAUUGCAUUGUUGGUGCAACUAUAGGAUUCUCACUUGUUGCGAUUGGCACCAAAGGUGUACAGUGGAUGGAGCUGGUCAAGAUUGUUGCUUCUUGGUUUAUAUCUCCACUAUUGUCUGGUUUCAUGUCUGGCGUGCUGUUUGUACUGAUCAGAAUUUUCAUCUUAAAAAAGGAGGACCCUGUUCCCAAUGGCCUCCGGGCCCUACCGGUGUUCUAUGCUGCUACGAUAGCAAUAAAUGUGUUUUCCAUCAUGUACACGGGAGCACCAGUGCUCGGCCUGGUCCUCCCCAUCUGGGCAAUAGCGCUCAUCUCCUUUGGCGUAGCGCUGCUCUUCGCCAUCUUCGUGUGGCUCUUUGUGUGUCCGUGGAUGCGGAGGAAAAUAGCAGGCAAAUUACAAAAAGAAGGUGCUUUAUCGCGAGUCUCUGAUGAAAGCCUCAAUAAAAUUCCGGAAGUGGAAUCCCCCGUAUUUAAAGAGCUCCCUGGUGCCAAGGCCAGUGACGACAGCACCAUCCCUCUCACGGGGUCGGCUGGGGAGACGCCUGUGGCCCCAGAAGGCACAUCCGCGGUCAACCACCCCCGGGUGGCUUAUGGAAGGGCACUUUCCAUGACUCACGGCUCCACAAAAUCGCCCAUCUCCAAUGGCACGUUCGGCUUCGACGGCCACACGAGGAGCGACGGCCACGUGUACCACACGGUCCACAAAGACUCGGGGCUCUACAAAGACUUGCUGCACAGAAUCCACACAGACAGGGGCCCCGACGAGAAGCCCGCCCCGGAGAACAACUACAGGUUCCUGCGGCGGAACAACAGCUACACGUGCUACACGGCGGCCAUCUGUGGGAUGCCGGUCCACUCGACCUUCAAAGCUAUUGACCCGUCGCCUGCCCCCGAGGACAGUGAAAAGCUGGUGGGUGACACCGUGUCCUAUUCUAAAAAGAGACUUCGCUACGACAGCUACUCCAGCUACUGCAAUGCGGUAGCCGAGGCUGAGAUAGAGGCAGAGGAGGGAGGUGUGGAAAUGAAGCUGGCGUCUGAGCUGGCAGAUCCUGCUCGGCCUCGAGAGGACCCUGUGGAAGAAGAAAAAGAUGAGAAAGACACAUCCGAGGUCCACCUCCUGUUCCACUUUCUGCAAGUCCUUACUGCCUGCUUUGGAUCCUUUGCACAUGGUGGCAAUGAUGUGAGUAAUGCCAUUGGUCCUCUGGUAGCUUUGUGGCUGAUUUAUGAACAAGGUGGAGUCCUGCAGGAAGCACCUACUCCCAUCUGGCUGCUGUUUUAUGGAGGAGUUGGAAUUUGUACGGGGCUCUGGGUUUGGGGAAGAAGAGUGAUCCAGACCAUGGGGAAAGACCUCACUCCAAUCACGCCAUCCAGCGGCUUCACCAUUGAACUGGCCUCAGCGUUCACGGUGGUGAUCGCCUCCAACGUGGGGCUUCCUGUCAGCACCACUCACUGCAAGGUGGGCUCCGUGGUGGCUGUGGGCUGGAUCCGCUCCCGGAAGGCCGUGGACUGGCACCUCUUCCGGAACAUCUUUGUGGCCUGGUUUGUGACUGUCCCCGUGGCUGGGCUGUUCAGUGCUGCUGUCAUGGCUCUCCUUGUGUACGGGAUCCUUCCAUAUGUGUGAUUUGUCUUCUUCCAGCCAGCCAGCGAGGGAGAGUCUGGCAUGGGGAUGUGUGGGAAGCGUGUGCCCACAUUUCUCACACGCACACGCGUCCUGCCCACGCACGGGCUGUCUCCCAGCCAGCUUCUCCACGCCCUUCAGGUGGUUCCAGACCACAGUUCACCUAGGUGGUAGUCAUCCUCCAGAGCUAACUUAACUACUGUACAUAAUCAUGUGCAUUAAACUGGUAUCGUGGUGACAUAACAUGGUGCAGUUACUUAUAUAUUAAAUAUAUAUUGUAUACAUAGAAUAGGUAGUAUUGCAAAUAUAUCCAAAAUGGGAGUGGAGAGAAUUGCCUAGAAUUCAAUAUUCAACAAAUUUUUGUACAUAGUGAUUUCAGUGGCAAAUUUUGAAAACCUUUUAAAAGGAAAGUGUAGAUUGGAAAAUGCUAUUGUUCCCAUUUAACAUACUGUAAGAUAACAGAUACAGGAUGUAUGAUACAAAUUUGGGAGGUGUGUGUAUGUUGAAGUGAUAUUGAAUAAUACUGGAACAGGAGUUCCCAAGUGCUUUCACUGAAGUUUGUUCAUAUACUGUGUAUUGAUUAUGUAAUAUAUCAUAAUUGCUUCUGUAAAUACUUAAAACUGUAAUUUUUUAAUGAUGUGCGCUUCCUAGCUUUUUUGAUCAGAGAAUUUUUGGAGAGUACCAAAGAAGCAGGGGAAUAGUUUGCCAGUAUUAUAUUUUCAUAUCGUCUGUCUCCCCUCCUCAUGAAUCCUACCGUUAACUUGGGAUGUAGCAAUACUGCCAGGCUCUGGCCUGCCCCGAGCAGUGUGUGGGGUGAGGCACCAUCCCCCAUCGUGUACACGUCCCACUUCCGGUUCCCUCCCCCACCCUCCCCCACCACUGCUGCCACAUGCAGGUAUUGGUCAGCCCUGCCAUGGCCGUUCAUUGUCAGUGUAGAGAAUGUACAGAGGACAUGCACUCAAGCACUACAUAUCAAGUCCAGUUUUAUUUUCACUCCUUUCUCCCCUGCAGCCGCAAGGAAUUCUUGUCUCAAACACUGAGGCAAGUACUUUGACAUUCUAGAAAUUUGGGAGAGGGGCGGUUGAAAUAUCAGAUAAUACACUGGAUUUGAGGAUUUCCUUGAGGCCUUCUCUAAGCUGAACAUCUUGAUGCUCACUGUAUCCCAUUGGAUUAUUUUUUGAUAGCGGGAGGAAGUAUGACUAAUGUUAGAGCCUGAAACUGAAAAUGCUGCUAAAAUUUUUAUAUUGACAGACAUUUUCUCGGUACUUCAUUGUGAUUUUUCAUUAAUCAACCAUAUUAAAUUUAUAAUAAAAAAUGCCCCUCAA